AUGCAGGACGAGAAUAUAAUGCCUCACAAAUUAAACCUGGACAAAAUAUUGGUGGAUAUUGGCAAUUAUGGUGUUUACCAAAUAGUUGUGAUGGGGUAUUUGAUCGCGAACGUCUUGUCUAUCGCAAUAAAAAAUAACCAGUACGUGUUUGCCGCGGGCCCUGUCGAGUACAGGUGCAAGGUGCCUCAAUGUGAAACGUCACCACCGAAGUUCGAAGCAGGGCCGUGGGCAAGUUUUGCUCUGCCCGGCAAGGGGAAGUGCCACCGAUACGUACCUCUUCAGACCUCUGCCUGUAAAGCUGACAGCUUCUCUAACAAGACGGAGCCUUGUUAUUCGUGGGUGUAUGCAAAUAAUGACACCAUUUCAUAUGACUUCAACCUGGCGUGUCAGGAGUGGAAACGCACAAUGGUGGGGACGCUACGAAGUGUUGCCUAUUUUGCCACCAUGCCGGUAAUUAGUUUCUGCUCGGAUACAUUUGGGCGGCGCAGCGUCCUGAUUUUCACAGCAGUUGCGCCAGCGUUUAUUGGCACAUGGCGAGCCUUUUGUCAAAGCUAUUUAAUGUACAUGACGCUGGAGUUCAUAGACGCGUUCUUGGGAAGCGGAGGCUACAGCACCAUUUUUAUUUUAGCCCUCGAAAUGGUAAAUCUCAAAAAUAGAACAAUCGGUGGCACCGUUCUCUCCACCAUGUACGCUAUAGGACUGGCAUUACUCGGAGUUUCUGCUUGGCUCAUCCCAUCCUGGAGAACUCGAACUAUAGUCCUCUAUGCUCCCGGUGUCAUAUUCAUAGCUUACAUCUGGACGAUCGACGAAAGUGUCCGAUGGCUUAUUUCUAAGGGCAGGAACAAGGAAGCAGCUAAUAGCAUACUAAAAGCAGCAAGAAUGAAUAAAAAACGACUCAGCGUUAACACUGAAGCUACGUUAAAACACUUUGCGGAAUCUGAGGGCGGAACGGGCCCAAAUCAGUCGCUGAAAGAUACGAAGAAUGAACCAGCGACGUCUAAAAAGCCAUUAUACAAGCGGGUGCUUAAGUCGAAAGUGAUAAUGUGUCGCAUACUGGUGGUUUCGUUCUGGUGGGUAACAACGACGAUGGUAUACUACGGGCUGACUAUCAACUCAGUGUCCCUGGCGGGCAAUAUCUAUUUAAAUUUUUGUGUGACAUCAUUAAUCGAGAUUCCUGGCUACGUGGUUAGCCUGGCAACACUCAAUCGUUUUGGCAGAAAAAGUUCCAUUAUGACGGCUUUCCUACUAAGUGGCAUAUCACUUCUUCUGAUCGGAACAGCAACUAAUCAUACUACCAUCAUAAUGUUGUCUAUGUUUGGCAAGCUCUGCAUAAGCAUGUCCUAUUGUUCCAUCUACAUCUACACGGUGGAGCUGUUCCCCACGGAGGCGCGCCACCAGCUCAUGGGCGUGUGCUCUAUGUUGGGCCGAGUGGGCAACAUGAUUGCACCGCAAACGCCAUUGUUGGUGCAUUAUAUGGAGAGUCUACCGUACAUUUUGUUUGGCACGAUGUCAGCAGUCUCUGGAUUUCUUAUGCUCUUAACUCCUGAAACCCUGAAGCUGAAGCUGCCAGACACCUUUGAAGAGGCAGAGAAUAUGAACAUUAUACCGCGGACCAGUAAACGCGUGGAUAUACUGUCGGCCAUAGAUGAAGGCGAAUAG